AACGAAACAAAUAAAUAAUCAUAUUGUUCUAAAGAUGAUUAGAACAAUCAAUAUCGCGCAAAGAAUUGUUUUUAUCACUUUUAUUUAGAUACUGUUUAAACACUAUCGACAUUAAAAUAAGUUAAUGAUUUGCCGCCAGAAGGCGAUACAUGAGCCUUUACAGAAGAGUUUUACGUCCGAGUUCAAAGAGCUUGUAUAGUUAUAUCUUAUUGUCAAUAGUUUUUAAUUUGUAAUUUUACAGUAAUUGUUUAAAUUAUUUUUUAACACGUAAACAAUGUUGAUCAAAGUGAAGACUCUUACCGGAAAGGAGAUUGAAAUAGAUAUAGAACCUACAGAUAAAGUAGAACGGAUCAAGGAAAGAGUGGAAGAGAAGGAAGGAAUACCGCCUCAGCAACAACGAUUAAUAUUUUCUGGGAAACAAAUGAAUGAUGAGAAAACAGCGCAAGAUUAUAAGGUUCAAGGUGGAUCAGUGUUGCAUUUGGUACUCGCAUUAAGGGGGGGCUUGUAAUUAUAACAUUCUUCGAUCCGGAAUGUAUGUAUGUGUGAAUAUUAAGGAAUGUACAAGAUCAAUCACAGAAAUAAUAGGACGCUUUCCAAUGUUACAUGCGCGCUGCGUUUAGAAUUCAAAUAAAUAUUUAAUAAAAUAAUUCAAUUAUAGAGACCUGGUCUUGCUUCACUGAUAAACCGAGCAUUAUUCAUUACUGAUUUUAAAAUUGUUCCAGAGAAGUUCGAAUGAUAGUAAAUAUGUAACGGCGUCGUGCGUCUAAUUUCACGAAGAAUUCGCAAUCUCGAUUGAAGCGAGAGACCCGAUCCGAAUUUAAACCGAACGUCUCAGUAUCUAUAAAUCGUUGUCAAACACCUCUUAUUUUCCUCUUUCAAUGUAACGUGUCAUAGAAGAGAUUGUUCCUUUGUAAACCUUACACCGCACUUAUCUGCGUUUUUACUUCGUUCGACUUUAUAAAUUCAUGUCUACACGUUAAUAUGUUCAAUAGUGACAGUUAUGCGUUCUUUUGCAUUCGAAAAAAAUGUUUUGCGAUUGUUUUCCUAACGAGAGAAUUUAAUAAUCUUCUAAGCGCGUUACCAUCAUUCUAUCGAAAAAAAAUGUACUCGAAUCGAACAGAAAUAAUUAAAGUUAAUAAUGUUAGCGCGUACUUGUGUUAUUUGCUUGUAUGUACAAAUUUUGACUACAAAUUCCUCGAACUUGUACGAAGAUAAUCUUGAGAUUCUUGGAAGAACGCGUAUUCUUCAAAGUUAAAUCGUUUCUUUAAUCGAUGCAAAUUGAUUUCCAAGAAUCCUAGAGAAAUUCUUAUAUCAAAUUGCAAGGUAAGGAUAUGCUCGCGCACCGCACAGAUAUCGCGCACUUUCA